UCUAUGGCAAGCCGAAUUGACAUUUAUUAACUAAGUUUGACUAUCCGGAAUUUACAUUGUAGAUAUCAACAACUUCAUUCAAGAUAUCUGUUACGUAGUUGUGACUAGUCGAAACGACAGUUAGAGAUAUCUGUGACGUAGUUUUGACUAGUCGAAACGAUAGUUAGAGAUAUCUGUAAUUCAGUUUUGACUAGGCGAAACUGAAUUACAGAUAUCUGCAAUGACUUCACGGAAAACGACAUUCAACUCGUCACACAUCUUAAAUGACAAUUGCAGAUAUCUGUAAUUCAGUUUCGCCUAGGCAGAAUGAAAGUUAAAGAUAUCUCAAACGUCAUUUGAGUGUUGGGCAUUACGUUUUAGAUAUCCAGAAAUACGUAAUUUCCCCUUGCCGCCAUAAUCAAAGAAGAAGUGGGUUCAUUUCCGAAUGGAAUAAGAAAGGAGCAGUCAUGGCGUUGGCUGUGAUCGAAAAGAUCACGAGAAAAUGCCAUGAAAUUGAACAAGCCCACACACAGGGGAUGUGUGGAGAGAGAGAACGUCGUUCUAUUGAAAGCUGUCAAAGAAAUCUCAGAAGAAUUGAAUAUUUGAUAUCACCGGAGACCAACAACGAACUCAAACGCUGUUUGGCUGAAGUGAAAAAUCUAGUUGGCACACAUUUCCAGGCUGGGGAAGACCGAAGUUUCUCUGUCGGUCGCAUUCGUUCAGGUAUGUCCGUUUUUCACUGCAUCCAUAGGCCUAUAUGUAAGGGAACGCCGGUCAUUAUCGGGAAAAUAAGCCCCGACAGGGCAAACAGGACACCGACGCGCAGCAGAGAUAAUUGCUUCGCCCUGAGGCCCAGUGCUCUUACUGUCUUGUCGAAUAAAGGCAACUUGUUUAAAAUAAAAUAAAUAAGUUGCCUCCAAUUCUUAUGAAAGUAUACUAAAUAUAGCCUAUAUUAAAGCUAAAGCUAUAAUGUCAUAUUGUCAUAAUGUCAUAUUACAGUGAUAAAACGAUAUUUUACCUAGGCUAACUAAAACGCUAUAACUAUGAAAAGCCUGUCUGUUGCAAGAUGUAUAUCCUCACACAAAUGUAUUAACCUAUGUUUAGCAAUAAUUGUUUAUAUUUAUUAAUUUACUGUAUGUAUCCAUGUGCUUAUUAGAGCAAUCAUUAAAUGUAUUGGUCUUACUGUUAUGUCCACUGGUCACAGCAAUAAAUACAGUAUUUUUGCAAACCCUAAAGCCUCUCCACACCCAGGGUAGCCUAUUGGCCUAUUCAUUAACAAUAUGCAAUUUCAAUGCAUGUUUGAGAAUUGGUAUGCUGAUAUAUAGGCCUACUUUAAAUUACAAUUAAUAAACAGUCCAAUGCUGCCUCAACCCUUAAACCUUGUUGACUUUUUAUUUUGUGUAGGGAGAGCAGGCCGUCCAGCCAUUGAUGUUACCAGAGAACAGAUAGAAUUUCUGCUAGCGCAAGGCCAUACAAUUGCAAAAACUGCUGAAAUACUUGGAUUUUCCUCAUAAUUUCUGUACAAGAAGUCAAAGUUGAUGGGUAUACCUGUCAGAAGUAUGCGGCCUGCAAUAGAUGAUGGUGAACUAGAACAACAUGUGAGGCAACUUCAGGGCCAAUAUCCUAAUUCUGGAAAUGAGGUAAUUGGUGGUCUUAAUUUUUAGCCUGUAUUUAAUUCACAUUUGUGUGCCAUUGUUUUUUGAUUUUUUUUUUACUUUUCCAAAAUCUGUUUCAGAUUAUUCGAGCCCUGUUGCGCACACAGGGUGUCUUUGUUACACGGUCCAGAGUGCGUGAGAUGUUGACACGGGUGAAUCCUACUGCUGCUGCAAGGAGAUGGAGCAGGACAGUUGCAAGACGUGUUUAUCAUGUACCUUACCCCAACAGUUUGUGGCACAUUGAUGGGAACAUGCGUCUGAUAAGAUGGGGCUUUGUGACUCAUGGUGCAAUUGAUGGAUACUCCCGUCUGAUUACUUACCUCAGCUGCAGCACAGACAAUCGUUCCACAACAGUGCUUUCUCAGUUUUUGAAAGCAACAUGCCUCUACGCCCUACCAUCAAGAGUCAGAUCUGAUCAUGGUGGUGAAAACAUCCUUGUGGCUUUGUUCAUGCAUCUAGUUCAAGGACUUGAACACAGAGGUUUCAUAACCGGACGAUCAGUUCACAAUCAGAGAAUUGAACGCCUUUGGCGUGAUGUAUUUUUGCAUGUGUUGCAGCACUUUUACCUAAUGUUCUACUCCUUAGAGGAUUCAGAGGUUCUAAACCCAGAUAAUGAUGUCCACAGACUAUCACUGCAUAUUGUUUAUCUUCCGGAGAUUCAAAACAGACUGGAGCAGUUUAGACAGGCCUGGAACCUCCAUCCGUUGCGAACAGAAAAUAAUCGCACACCAACUCAACUCUGGACAGAGGGCAUGCUCAGAAAUAUUGCCACAGACAGCACAGCGGUCAACAAUGUGUUUGGGGAGAAUCCCUACAGCGACCAAAACAUUGAGGCCAUCCUAGCGCAGUACGGAAUUCAAACACUGCCUACACUUGAUGAGGAAGAGUUCCCAGCUGUAAGGGUAGAGCCACCUCAACUCAUCCUCACUCAGCAACAACAGACAUCUGUGCACAAUGCAAUCCAACACAUUUCUGAUUUGAAGAUAAGAUAUCAGGCUUGCUGUACCGCAAUUGUCAGUAUUUUGCAAACUGAUCAGGUAUAGUCCAAUUCCAAGCCCAGAGACAACAUUUUAUUGGUUGCAUAUAUUAUCCAGGCUUCAAGAAAGGACUCCACCCCCUCCUCCCUUGGAGACUGGACUCCACCCCCUCUCCUCCCUUGGAGACAGGACUCCACCCCCUCUCCUCCCUUGGAGACAGGACUCCACCCCUCCUCCCUUGGAGACAGGACUCCACCCCCUCUCCUCCCGUGGA